UAAAGUACUAUCCACAUGGGUGCGCUGUGUUCACAAGAAAGCUGCGGUCGCGUGCCAUAUCCUUUUAGGGAAAUGACAUCAUUUUCGCUUCACGCUGCUGUGUCUAAUGGAAACGCGCUAGAUUGGAACUUGAAAGUCUGAACAUUUGUAGUCGUGGGAGGUGUCAAGUGGAUUUUGAAACGUGACCCGUCUCGAAUAGAAUCUUAUAUGGCUGCCCCAGCCUUGCAACAGCCCAGUUUUCUUCUGGCCAAUCUGAAAGUUGACUCGACCACCAAACCUUUUCUCCAGCGGUGCCAGGAGCUGGUGAAGGUCAUUGAUGACUACCCUGCAAAGGAGCUGCACCUGAUCUUCCCCUGGCUUGUAGAGAGUGUUUUUGGCAGUUUGGAUGGGGUCAUCAUGGGCUGGAACCUGCAAUUCCUGCAGGCACGCAGCAAUGAGUACAACAUCGUCAUGGACUUUCUCGAUCCUAGUGGGCCAAUGAUGAAGCUUGUGUACAAGCUUCAAGCAGAGGAGUACAAGUAUGAAAUACCUGUCAGCUUUCUCCCUGGUCCUGUAAAGGCAUCUAUACAGGAAGGUGUCCUCCCAGAUUGUCCACUUUUUCACAACAAGCUGCAGUUUCCUCUGUCUGGUCUCCAGACACUCAGCCUGGCGCUCAAUCCAUUUGAAUAUUACAUGUUCAUAUUUGCUUCCAGUCUUAUCACACCAAAGAACUACCCUCUGGGCCAGCAUGUGAGCAGCUUGGACAAUGCGUACUUUGUGCUUGUGGACACCUACCUCAAGUACUUCCUCCCUACAGAGGGCAGUGUUCCUCCCUCUCCAUUCGCCGACAAUAGAGGCUCUGUGUCUCCACCUGCUCCCAGGGCUCCCAGCGUGCCUUUUGCAGGGUAUGGCAUCCACAGCACCAGCCUCCUCAAGCGCCACAUAUCCCAUCAACCCUCGGUCACUGCUGACCCUGCAGCCCAGGAGAUCUGGAGGUCAGAGGCAUUACUACAGGUUUUUGUGGAGAUCUGGCUGCAUCACUACUCCCUGGAGAUGUACCAGAAGCUGCAGUCCCCCCAGGUGAAGCUGGCGCUGCUGCACUAUCGCCUCAGUAUGUCCAGCAUGCCGUGCCAACCCCUGACCCCUCCUGGCUCUGGGACCCUCGACACGUACCAAGUACUUUUACCUUUUCAUCCACUCCCACCGGGCCUGCUGGAGGAGACUUUCACCCCGACAGAGGAGCACGUUCUGGUGGUGCGUCUCCUGGUGAAGCACCUCCAUGCCUUUUCCUGCAGCCUGAAGCCUGAGCAGGUCUGCUCCUCGCCCUCGGCCCACUCCCACGCCAGCCCCCUGGAAGAGUUCAAGAGGGUGGUGGUGCAGCGUUUUGUCCAGCAGAAGCUCUAUGUGUUCCUCCAGCACUGCUUUGGUCACUGGCCUUUAGAUGCCUCCUUCAGAGCGGUGUUGGAGACGUGGCUUAGCUACAUCCAGCCGUGGAGGUACACAGGAGAGAAUACCAAUCCUCAGACAGACCAGAACAAAGGUGUACCUGAGAAAUGGGGCUUGUUUGUUCAGGAGAACCUGCUCAUGUACACAAAGCUCUUUCAGGGCUUUCUCAACAGGGUGGUACGCAUAGACCUGGUCAACGUCAAAAAUGCACUAAUGGUCUUCAGGGUGGCCAAAGUCUUCGCUCAGCCAAACCUAUCAGAGAUGAUUCAGAAAGGAGAGCAGCUGUUUCUGGAGCCGGAGCACGUCCUCCACCAUCGGCAGCACCGGGUGUUCCUCACGCCAAGCCACGGUGGAAGCUUCCUGUCUGCCCGGCAGUCCGUGGUGACAGACGGGGUUUUCAGGGUGAAGAGCCACGUGUACGGCCUGGAGGGCCAGGACUGCCAGUACAAACAGAUGUUCGGCACAGAGCUGAGGGGCGCGGUCCUGAAGCUCAUUCAGAUCAUCGCCCAGGCGAGGCAGACAGCUAAGAGGAUAUCAGAUCACUCAGCUGAAGUGGCGGCCAAUAACUCCUUCAUGUCUUGGUUUGGAAUGGGCUCCCCCGACCUCAACUACACCUUCAAUGGAGGAGAGGUGGAUGACACUGGGGAAUGUGUCAAGAAGACCCACGAGUUCCUGGAGAGGUCACUGGACUACCUCUGUCUGAUAUUUCGUCUGAAUGCAGGGCAGCUUUCUCAGCUGAUGGCAACCCUGGGCUCUGGUCAGGACGAUGGGAACUCCAGGCAGCUACCAGACUGUGUUCAGGGUGAGAAUGGACUCAUCCUCACAGACCUGGGCCGAAUGCAGAUCAUCAAUGGACUGCGUAGAUUUGAGAUUGAGUACCAAGGAGACCCAGAGCUUCAGCCCAUCAGGAGCUAUGAGAAUGCCGUCCUGGUCAGACUGUUUUUCAAGAUCUCGUCCCUGGUGAAUGAGAGGUUCGGAGGUCACAUGGAAGUUCUGUGCUCGCGGCCGGACUUCCUGGGCCGGUUGGGACGACACUACCUGGCCAGCCCCGAGGUCAUGGCGGACGGCAGGCAGAGGAGCCCAGAGACACGGCGAACAGCGGAGAGGAACCGACGGCCGCGGCUAAGUCUGCGCACACUGGCGAGCUACAGAACCCUGCUGAUGCUUCUAUUUCUCUACCUGUUUGGGGUGCUGUUCUCAUUCGGGCCCAUAUCCAGCACACUGCUCAUCCUUACAGGCGGCUUUCUCUAUGGACUCUUCAACCCUGUUUGGAGAUAAACUCAAGUCCCAGUAGCAGGGGAAUGAAAAGUUUUUUUUUGCCACCUGCCUUUGCUUGGCCAUCUUAUGAUAUAUUCAGUCCCUUUUUAUUCUUGUAAAUAAAUACAAGUGCAUUGCUUUUCAGAUGAAGUUUGCAAAAUCUUUUUUUUAAGCAGUUUUACUGAUUGACAGUUGUAUGAUUUAAUAUUCUAACAAAAUAUUGAAUGUUUUUCAAUUGAACAUUGAAAGGAUGGUGGUGAUUAUCCUCAAACUACAAGAUUGACCAGUGUAAUAAAUAGUUACAUGAGUCUUGCACUAGUAUUUUGAAUUGAUGCUAAUCAUUUAACUGAAGAUGGUAUUCUUUGCCUUUAUCGUUUUUGUAUGAUUGCUUGUCUGUAUGUGUGAGCUUGCAAAGACGACAAAUGUAGUUGUACAAUGUUGCAUUCGAAUGGCAGAAUUAUUUCCCGUCACCGAUUGAGACAGUCUGGUUGUCAUGGCAAAGUUAGCAGGCGUGCUUGUCCACUAAAGACAGGUGAGAGGAAAAAUAAAUCGUAAAUGCACUUGG